AUGGGGAAACUUGCCAAAGCAUUCUUGGUGAAGUUUUUGGGGCAAGAAAAGACUGCGAAGUUGAGAAACGAGUUAGCAACCUUUGAGCAACAUGACGACGAAUCAUUGUAUGAAGCAUGGAGAAGGUUUCUACGUUUGCAAAGACAAUGUCCUCAUCACGGGAUUCCUGAAUGGAUGUUGAUACAAACUUUCUACAAUGGUUUGACACAUGAGUUUCGUAUCUACAUUGAUGCUGCUUCAGGUGGUUCCGAAGCAAAGGAGUUGAUUGAGAAGAUGGCGGCCAAUGACAACUACCAUCCAAAUGGUCGCAAUCGUGCUAAGAAAGGAGGUAAAUAUGAUGUUGAUGCGCUAACCACUUUGACUAAUACUGUGCAGGCACUUUCUCACAAGUUUGAUCGAUUCCAAGCUGGUUCAUCUAUGAUGCACAAUCAUGCAUUCUCAUACAAGAACACUCAAGCACAACUCAAUCCACCUCCUCCACCUCGCAACAAAUUUAAUGCACCACCAGGUUUUCAAGCUAGAGCACCAUUCAAUCCUCAUGUCAAUCAAGGUGUUAAUCAGCAACCUCCUCCAAUUCAACAGAAAAGCAACUUGGAGAUUAUGAUGGAGAACCUUUUAGCCCAACAAACCAACUUCAUGGCUCAACAGGGUAAGCGGAAUGAGAAGACUAAUCACACAAUUCAACAAAUUCAAGCUCAGAACAAGCUCUUAGAAAGUCAAAUAAGCCAACUUGCACAUCAAGUGGGUCAAUCUUCAAAAGCUACAGGUCAUUUUCCCGGUAAUACUAAACAACCAUCUAAGGGCCAUAUCAAUGCUGUGAUUUUGAGAAAUGGAAAAGAGCUACAAGAUCAUCCUUUGAAGGAGCCAUCAAAUAGAACUGUGGAAGAGAUGGUUCAACCUGAGAAAGCGCUGGAGAACGAGAUUAUUGAAGAAGAGAAGAAGGAACCUACUCCUACCCCUAUUCGUCCAUACACGCCACCAGUUCCAUUUCCACAAAGGUUAGCCCAUGCAAAAUUAGAGAAGAAAUAUGGGAAGUUCCUUGAUAUACUGAAGAAGCUGCACAUAAAUAUACCAUUCUUGGAUGCUAUCUCUGAGAUGCCCUCUUAUGCAAAAUUUUUAAAAGACAUGCUCUCAAACAAGCGGAAGAUCGAAGAGAAUGUAAUUGUUUCACUUACAGCAGAAUGUAGUGCUAUAUUGCAGAAUAAGCUUCCUAAGAAGCUAGGAGAUCCGGGUAGCUACUCUAUUCCUGUGAAGCUAGGAGAUAUUGAAAUAAAAAAGGCACUUUGUGAUCUUGGGGAAAGUGUUAGUCUAAUGCCUUUGUCUAUUUGCAAUAAGCUUCAAAUGGGUGAACCAAAACCCACACGUAUCUCCUUAUAA